AAAAAAAAAAACGAGCAAGCUUACUGUCCGCAGUUUUUAGGGAUAAUACUGACUUACGAAGUUCUGAACUCAGUAGUUUUAUCAUAAGUUCGGUAUCACACGUCGCACACUCACCGCAGUUGGUCGUUGGACAUAUAAACACGUAUUGUUUAAGCAUGAAGACGUCCACCACAACCUCGACAUCAUUAUUCCUGGCGAAGUCAAUGUCGGAUCGAGAACCUCAGAGCGAAGAUGCAAGACGAAUAAGCCAGCAGGCACAUCUUCUUGCACGAGAUAUCGUGUGUUAUAGAACAGGACGAGGUAGGAUAUCCACCAGCAUUACAGCACGGAACAUGAGACGGUUGAGUGACGAGUUAGAAGAUUGCCAUCAGGCUCUUCUGAGUAAUAUGUGCAACGCACUGAACAUGACGGCGGAUUCGGCUCACGAAAAGUUCGUACAGGUUGCAGACGAGGUGUUCAGGGAUGGAGUCAACUGGGGAAGGAUUGUCGCUCUCUUUACAUUUGGAGGAAAACUUGCGCAGUUCUGCUUGAGAAAUGGCAUGCAGGAUAGUGUGGAGGAUAUUGAACAGUGGGUAGGAGAUUAUGUCGCGGGAUUAUCAAGCUGGAUACAGAAACAAGGUGGAUGGGACUCGUUCGAUAAGUGCUUCCAAGACCCUUCAACACGUAACAAAUCGAACUGGUGGACUGGGAUCGUAUUGGCCACAGUUGGCAUUGGUAGCCUGGCGACAUUAGUUUACAAACAGUGCUAAAAAUAGACAAUAAAUAUAUAAAUAUCACGCAGUAAACAACAACUCCAGUACACCACGAUGGCCGCCAUGUUGGAGGACAUGGACAUUAAAAUAUUUGAACGCUAGAUCGAGCAAUAUGUACUAAUAUGUGUACUUGAAUACACUACAAGCUUUUAUAUACUUUUAAGUUAUGUCAUCCAACAUGGCGGACAAUCACACGGCCCGUUACUACUACUAAAAACAUCUAAUAGAAGAGACAGAAAGAGAUUAUUUUGCCGGUUCUGCCAGGCUGUAAACAAUGGUAGAAAAUCGUUUUAAAACUAGUUCUCUAGAGACUGAUUAUUGGGUGAAAAUUUAACAAGUACCUUUCAAACUAGUUAAAGGCUUUCUUUUAAAAAACGUUAAAAGAUGCACAAAAGUAUCAUUUGUAAAAUAUACUACUUUUUAAUUGGAAAAAAAAAAGAUUUAUAACUGAAUUUAUCAAUAGGUAGGAAAGUUAAAAGAUGUCCGCAUUCAAAGGGGGAUAAAAGUUGCUUUUAUACAGGUCACGCGAUAGUCUUUAUAUUUUACUAUAUACUAUAUAUGUCAAUGUCAGUCUUCCAAAAAUGCUCCUCGGAAGUAUUUCUUAUUUUUGAGCUGUUUCCUUGAAGUUUUUGAUGGAUUGAAAAUAUGAAGCUACUUCUUAGGGAAUAGAUAAAAAAGAGCCAAAAAUGUCUGUACUCGAAGGUCUGCGGUAACAAGGUAGAAUUGAUACACAGGAGACUUGUGCGAUCUGGGUUAUAACUGAAUGACUUGCUACCCACAACGAACCAAGGUGCGCACUUAACAAUGAGUCGCCCGCGGGGAUAUAGAACACAAACCAGUCACGCAAUUUGACUGCUACCAGUCACGCAAUUUAACUGCUCAAUCUGUAGUCUUGUCAAGGGACUGUAAAACCCAGAGUCACAGAUCGUGCAUGUCAUGGUAGACUUAGGGAUCGUUAAAAUAGUGUCGUUUUUUAUGCAAAAUCAGUCAUUUAUACAGAUAAAGUUUUUUUACAACAAAAUAUCCCAGUCAUCUGAAUGACUCGAUAAUAUAGUCUAAUACCUAGAAUAUCGUAAUAAAUAUCUAUUUAUGACUAUUA